AUGUAUGAAGAUGAGCUAGGCUGGGAGGGGCAGGCCGACACUGGCAGACUGGCCCCCCUUUUCUUGGUCUUGGCUUCAACGGGUGCGCUCCGCGGUUGCUGCUGGUCCAUGAAGCUUCAAGGGCAAGGUCACGACGCACCUGCAGUGGUGCGAAACCGCGAUCCCUCCAACGUGGUAGACAGAGAGGGCCAGAUCAAGUCGGGGAUGAAGCGUCCAUACUCGAAAGGUGCCCAUCCUCCGGCGCAUCCUCCGUGGCCGAAGUCCUUCGCUGCGGAAUCUGGCCCUCCAAAACGGCAUCGCUUUGCAUUUCACACCCUGUUCGUGGCUCUUAUCACUGCUUGCGACAGACUCACAGACUCACAGGUUAGAGCAUGCCCUCCAGCAAUUCAGCAGUCCAGCCUCUAG